AUCCGCCCCGGAGCCUUCAGCGCCGCUUCAGACCCGAUUGGUUCCUUCAGCGCCGCUUCAGACCCGAUUGAUUCCUUCAGCGCCGCUUCAGACCCGACUGGUUCCUUCAGCGCCGCUUCAGACCCGAUUGAUUCCUUCAGCGCCGCCUCAGACCUGAUUGAUUACUUCAGCGCCGCCUCAGAUCUGGUUGAUUCCUUCAGCGCCGCCACACCGGGCGCGGGCGCUCCUGCGUGCCUGGAGCGAGGUGCAGCCUCUCGGGAAGUCGCUGUGCGUGCUGAGUUUUGUUUGGUGUUGGUUUCCGCGUGAGUCUCUUACUGGCGCUGAUAAGUCAUAAGCUUAUGGAGCAAAAUGUGUGUUGCUACAGCCUUCCGAUGGGGGUAAAACCAGUUGUCAAGAGAUACGAAACAAGAAAUAAGACGGAAGUGCCAUCAUCCAAAUCCCGAGUCGAUUGGAGACGCACUAGAAGGGCGCUCAUACUGCUUGACAGCAAUGACGAAUCCUCAGCCACCUCUGAGGAGGAGUCUACCACAUCAGAAAGUGAAAUAGAUGAGAAAAAUCAAGCGGCUGUGAAGAACAACCUUUCAGAUCAGGAGGAGAAAGGCCGGAGUGGGGAAGUAACAAAAGAUGGUGACGAUGAGUGCGUUGUGCCUGGGAAGCGUAACAAGUUGAGCGCCUCUGUCAUGUAUGACAGUGAUGAAAGCGAGGGCAGUGACAUACUUGUUAGAAAGGUUUCUGCCAAACGCCGCUGUAUAUUGGAUGACGAUGAGAGUUCUAAAGAACAGCAGACUGAUAAAACAUGCCCUACAGAGAAUGUUUCUACUAGUAAGAAACAGAAAGUGCUCGAAAAAUUGAAAGAACUUGUAAAACAAAGCGCAGCUCGGAGAUCCUGCAGCACUGCAAAUUGUGAGGAUUCUAAUAGUGAAGAAACAAUGGAAGAGGAACCACUCUGUCAGCUGCCCCUCACACCAUCAGAAGGUAGUGAAACUGAUGGUGACAGCUUAAAGGAUUUUGUAGUAGAGGAAGACAGUGAUGAUGAUGACAUUGGCAACCCAGAGCAUGUGAAGAGUCAAAAUCAGCCACAUCAAAAGCAACCAAAUCCAUCAAACAGCGAGCUGCUAGCACACUACAUCCCACAGUUAUCUCGCUGUGAUCAUUAUGUACACUUCAAAAGAAUAGUAAAGGCUUUCCUCAUAAAUGCAAUUGAUGACACUUUUCUGAGCUCAUUAUAUGAUGGAACCAGAAAAAAGAAGUAUGCUCAAGAUAUACUGCUCUCACUUCAUUAUUUGGAUGACCGCUUCAUUCAGCCUCGUCUUGAGAACUUAAUCUGUAGAAGUCGCUGGAAAGAUCGAUACAAGGAGCGUGUGGAUUGUUACCCAGAUGUUCGCAUAAGCUUGAAAAGUACAAAAAAUAUGUCUUGUCAGGCCUGUGAAUUGAAGCGGUGUUGUCGGUUCAAUGUGUUGCUCUCUGGAAGGCUUUAUAAUAGUAAAACUAUGGAAGUGGAUGACUUCAUGUCAGAUGAUAAACAGGUUUUGAAGGUUGGCAUAGUGUGUGCAAAUCGUACAAGAGUUUAUCACAACCUGAAACACUUCAAGUACAAGUUAUACAUGGAUUGCAGCUCAGUUGCUGGAUUGGAUGGUGUAGAGGAUGAACCUGUCAAAGACACUGUAGAGCGGCUUCUCAACCACUUGGAAGAGAGUGGGUGGAUUCAGAAGAAAUAUGAUGGUCUUGAAGAUUACAUGGAAGAUGCAGAUAAUUUUCAAGAAGAGAAAAUUGAUUAAGAGGUCAUAGAGCUCUUUGGAAGACAUCUUCAAAAAUGUGAAUGGCCUGCUUCGUGUGUAUGCACUUUAUGUCUGCCUGGACUUCAAGAUUUCUUUGUAGGCUGUUAACACCCAAAUUCAUAUGCCUUUAAAUUACUGAUAAUGUGCUGUAUCUUUUUUUAUUAUCUGUGUCAAUAUAAACCCAAAGUUUUACCAAA